UGAUCUAUAAAUUCGAGAUGUUCGGGAAUAACAGAGGAAACCAGUAUCCCCAGUAUCCCUCAGGCUGUCCUCCUCAGCCAAUGCCAGGAGGAUAUCCCACUCAAUGUCCGUCAGGCACUGUCCCACCACAACCCUGUCUUCCUCAGCCCUGUCACCCUCAGCCCUAUCCUCCUCAGCCUUGUGGUCCACCUGUGUACUAUCCUGGAGCCCCACCUUGUGGAGGGUAUGGACCCAGCUAUGGUCCUGGGCACGGACAUGGUCAUAGUCACGGUCCUGGGCAUGGACACAGUCAUGAUCAUGGACAUGGACACAGUCAUGAUCAUGGACAUGGACACAGUCAUGAUCAUGGACAUGGACAC